UUCACGUUUUGUAGAUGAGAAUACUGAUGCCCAGAGAGGUUAAGUCACUCGCGUAAUAUCACACAGCAAAUGAAUGAAUGACGGAGCUGGGCUCUCAAACCAGGUCUGUAUGACUACACAGCCAGUUUUCUCUUAAUCCCAGUGACAGCCCUAACCUGCGGGGGUAGGCGUAUUUGGGAUUCAUUAGCCCGAAUUAGGACUAAUUGAGAGCCUCAUUGGGGCCGAGCGACCACCUAGGUAGGUAACGUCACGAAAGAGCGUGGCAACACCACCCGGCGCGGAAGGGGGACCCAUCCACGCUCCCGCAAUCAGCCGUUUAACGACACUGCCCUCUGACCGCCUCGCUUCCGCCGUACAUUUGCAUAUUCAGCGAACGACGUCGGCGCGUAAGCGCGACGAGGUGACGUCAGGGAGCGCCCCUGCGGUUCCCCCCCGAGCGUAGGCACGCACGCACGCACGCACGCACGCACAGCGACAAGCGGGCGGAGGAGGAGGGCGAGGUUGGAGGCGCCCCGCCCAGUCAGGAGGGUUACGAGUCCCUCGUGCGACCGCCAAGAUGGUGGUGGGCGCGUUCCCCAUGGCGAAGCUGCUAUACUUGGGCAUCCGGCAGAUCAGCAAGCCCCUUGCCAACCGCAUUAAGGCGGGAGCCCGCCGAAGCGAGUUCUUCAAGACCUAUGUCUGCCUCCCGCCGGCUCAGCUGUACCACUGGGUGGAGAUGCGGACCAAGAUGCGCAUUAUGGGCUUCCGGGGCACAACCAUCAAGCCGCUGAACGAGGAGGCGGCCGCCGAGCUGGGCGCCGAACUCCUGGGCGAGGCCACCAUCUUCAUCGUGGGCGGUGCCUGCAUGGUGCAGGCGCAGGAGGCGCCGAGAGCCCUGGAGGAGCUGCGGGCGCAGAUGCAAGAGGUGCGCGCUGAACUCUACACCCGGGACGCGGAGGCGCGGUCCAAGUCCACGCCCAAGCCAGCGUCCACGCCCGAGAAAUAGGAGGCUGCUGAAGCCUGAACUUGGAUGUGGCCAUGUGCGCCCUAAUGUGCUGGCCCAGCGGAAGCCACUGAGAUUUUGAUGAACUUGGCUGUUGGUCAUCCCCUGCUGACCAGUGGUAGUACCUUGCACUGGGACUGUGAAGCGUUCCAACAUAGCCACCUCCUUAGCUCAUUGGUACAGCACACAGUGCUCAUCUCUCCGCCCCAUCCCAAACCUCACCGGCCUUCUGGGUCCCAGCCCCAGGACGACAUGCUCACUCUUCUGGCAGAAGGAAAACAUGGAACCUGGACCUCAGCUGAUCAGCCUGUCAAGCUCCCCAUUUGCCUGAUCAGUGCUACCUUCCCUGGGACACUGGGCCAUUACACUGAACACCCCCUUCUUUUGAUCAGUUGGUACAGACCAUUGUAAGGAAUGCAGUGUCUUUCCCUGGACUUCUGUCCCCUUUAUCUUAAGAGGGGGAAAAGGAUCCUGGCUUGCAAUCGAUCCACCGAAUAUCUUUCCUUAACCUGAUCUGUGAGACCUUCUCCUGAGUCCUCAAGUGGAAUAUUCCAACAGAGACCCCUCCUCCUUCAGUCUGUGGCACCACCCACUGGAAUGGCUGGUCUUCUCAGGCAAUGCCCUCCCAACCCCCUGACCUGGUGGACUUUGAUUUUGCCCAGGGCUAAUCAACUUGCCUUUCAGCCUCAGCUUCCUGUUACCUGUCACCAGAGUCCCCGGGGCUUUCCUGGCUGUCCUUUCCUACCUUCCCCAGGGGCCAUGGAUUAGAUGAUCACAUCCCCCAUGUUUCCUUUAAAUGCUGAUCUGUGGGCUCCUGCUCCCCUCCCCUGGGGCUCCGGACUGGUCCAGCAGUCCCUCUUCAUGCACUGGUACCUCCUGCCUCCUUAGCCCCAAGUGCCACCGCCAUCUCCCUGGUGUGGGCCCCUAGUUGGUUUUACCUUCUUUAGUCGUUUCCUAGGGCUGCCUAACAAAUUACCACGAAUUUGGUGGCUUAGGACAACCAGAAUUUAUUCUCUCCCAGUCCUAGAGGCCGCAGAUCCAAAGUCAGCUGUCAGCACUGCCUCCGAAGGCUCUAGUGGGGGAUCCUUGUCUCUUCCAGCUUCUGGUGUCUCCAGGUGCUCCUUGGCUUGCGGCUGCAUUCUCUCCAGUCUCCGCCUCCAUCCUCACGUGGCCUUCUCUUCUGUCUCUUGUAAAGACACCUGGUCAUUGGACUUAGGGCCACCCUAACUCUAGGAAAGACCCUUUUCCCAAAUAAGCUCACAUUCACAAGUUCCAUCACCUCGCUCCACCUCCCCACCCCAAGAGUGUGCUGGGACUCCUACCGACCCCAUGGGACAUUUGACCUUUCCCACAUGAGAGAGGAACAGCCCAAGGAGAGCUCCUAUUUUUCAGACUGUAGGUGUUUCCUAAUUAAAGGAGCCCUGAGAUGAGGAAGCCGUCUUAAGGACUGUCUGAGAACCAUUAUAUGGAUCUCCAAAAUGGGUACAAAGCUCAUUAAAAUUAGGAGAGAAGCUGAGAGAUCUGAUGGGGGUGAGUCUAGAGUCAUCCUAUGAACUGUCCCAGAUGGGGAAACUGAGGCUCAGGAAGCCAAGGGACUUGCCCAGGGCUAUGAAGCCCAUGAGGGAUGGGAGCCAGUGGCACUGGGAGGGAAAUGGGAGCCCAGGUUACCCUGGGGGCAGGGUGCUUGAGGGAACAGGUGGGGGGGCAAAAAGGGAGACGAGGGGGAGGCAGAUCACUGGGGGAGGGGUGGGAAUCUCCACAGAGGUCCCAGAGCAGUGCUGAGAGUGGGUGGCCCUCCAUCCCCAAUCACAGCCACCCAAGAUCUUGGCAUUCAGUGAAUGGGCGUGGUCAUAGACCAGAAAAUGGGUGGGGCAGGUUUUCUUCCACUUCCCCCAGGUGGUUAAAAACACCUGGCCACAAGACCGGGUAGAAACCCAGUAAACUGGGUUAGUGAAACAUCAAUUCUUUAUAGAAGAAAGGGAGAGGCUGGUGUAGAGGGCGCGGAGAUGGGUCAUGGGUGGGGUGUUUCUAAAGUAGGAGUGACCCGAGUGGGUUAAAUGAUGAGGGGAAGAAGGCAAGAGAUACCAGUGCAUGGAAGGGUGGUGGACCGAGGAGCCAGGUGGGCAGGCUCAGUGCCUGGUUUCCAUGGUUACCCCUGAGAGGAUUCACUCUGGCCCUGUCACAUCUCUGGAGGACGGGUUUCUGGACGCCAGGGAUCUUGACUGCAAACCCCUCCCCCAUCAUGUUAACAAACAGCAGUCAGGUGGAAUCCAUUGAGCUCUGGGUGGGUGUCAGGCACUGUUCUAAGUGCUUUACGUAAUCCCAGUGACAUUUUCUUCAUUCAUGAAGAAGCUGAGGCACAGAGAGGGAAAGUCACCUGCCCAAGGUCACACAGGCAAGAAAGAGGAGGAGGUGGGAGCCUAAGCCCCUGACCCUGCGCCACCUGACCCUGAGGUAGCGCUGUGCUCACAUGUGAGAUUGAAAACAGCCCCUGCCCUGGCCAAUUUGGCUCAGUGGAUAGAGCGUCAGCCUGUGGACUGAAAGGUCCCGG